AUGGUGGCUCCACCGGCUCCGGACUCUCCCCGCUCUUCUCAGUCUCCUCCGCCUGAUGGCGUACAAGGAGACUUGGAGAUGGAACUCUUUGGGCUCGCUAAUGCCCUCUACAACCUUGGAACGACUGUAAUCAAUGACUCGACCAAAGAAAGAGACAAGCCGGGUGGAGGCGUGAAGCAGGUCGGCUUGAGAGUAAACGACGUGAUAAAGCACCUGGAGCAACUAGACAUGAUGUCCGACCACAUAACCACCAGGAUACCUUUUGACGUCUUGAAGCAUGUCGACGAGGCGCAUAACCCGGAGUUCAUUACCCGGGAACGUAUUGAACGUGUCGCCGCAGAGAACCAAUUUGCUUACGCCAAGAUUGCGGCCCUUGACCGCUAUCGCUCAGAGCUCAACGAAGCCCUGGCAAAGAGCUUUCCGGGAAUAGAAGCCGAGCUUGAGCUCCCGAUGCCAGGAGACGCCUAUGUAAAGAAAGAAGAAGCUCCUGCGACGAAUGGCAUCGCGCUAAACGGCUCGUCGAGGGCAUGA